AUGGAAGUCGCCAAACUGAAGGAUGCAAAAGGGGAAGCCAACACAGGGAGGAGGAAAGUAGCUGCUAACGAAGUAGCAGAAGAAAGGGGGAGCAUCCCCGCAAAUGUAAAAACCCAGUCGAAGGUGAAACAAAAUUUUUCUAGCAAAAAAGAUGAGACAGACGUGCCACAUGGCAAGACUGCAAACAUGAAGAAACUCUUUAAUGGAAUCAUAGGGAGCCAAAUGAAACACGCCAAGAGUGUCAUCGAAGGAGUGAAGGAGCACCUAAGGUGCACAGCAAAGCAAGCAUCCAAAAAUAUGAAUUACCCAUUCUGUAAGUCUCCCUGUAACAUAGAAGACCUUAAAAACACCAUCUACAUAAACGAAGGAGAAAUCAUUAUUAAAAAAAAUUUAUAUAAAAAUUUAUUUAACAGUAGGAGGAGGGACAACAGUGAGGUGAAGGAGACAUCUAAUUUGAAGAAGAACUCUAAUGAGGAUAUCUUUUCUUGCAACACGAGAGACAUAACCGUUCGGGGGACCCACAACUUUGGUUUUCACGUGCAGGUCUCUUGUGAGGAGGGGGAAAAUAAAAUCAUCGCCUAUGCGUACGAUAAGGAUACUAGGGAGAGGAUCCCCUGUGUCUAUCGGUGGACCCGCAUCUACAGUGACAGGAGGUGCAACGUGGUUAGUCGGAGUUUUGCGGAUGUAGGUCCCCAUGGCGGGGGGAGCACCGUUGAGUCGAUUGGCACCGCUAAGCCGAUUGGCACCGCUGAACCGAUUGGCACCGCUAAGCCGAUUGGCACCGUUGUGGGGGGUCACCCCCCCCCGCAGGCGGCCCAGUAUAGCAGCGAGUACGAGCUAACCUGUGACGACAUCGGCCUAAAAAUUUGCGUCGAGUGCUCCUACCUGAGUGAUGAGCAGAUGGCAGGAGGCACCCGAUGUAGGUAUCCCCGGAACAGCUCGGGGACCUCAUCAAGAAGUCACCAAGAAAGCGAUGGGAGUGUCGACAGCGGGCCGGCCAACCAAUCACACUGCAGUGAUGUUCAGCUUUAUAUCGACGCUUCCUCGUUUAAGAGUAGCUUCAGAGAUGGUAAUGAGAGAGACGCAUCGGGAGUGCAUUCCCGUGGUGUAGGAACAUUCCGACGGGGUGACCGAAGCAGUGGCCCGUCUCGCUCGUCCAGCAGAAACCACCAUAUGGGUAGAACCAACGAAAGAGGGGACUCCCACAACAUGAAGAAGGAACACUCCACUUUAGAUCCGUACGAAUCAUCCCUCAGGGAAAAGAACCCCAUCUGUGCUUCCGCACAAAGGGGGAGUGGCCAUCCCACUAGCAGCUUCCCCACCAGGGGGAAGUACGCCGGAGUGGCGGUGGCCGAAGUGGGGCCAUUCACUCUGAACGAAAGAACGAAGAAGAUGCUCCAAGCGGUUAUACAGAAUGAUAUUAUAAGGUACCCGCUAUAUGUUAUGGAGAGGAGAGCCCAAGCGGGGGAUCAUGUUGGGGGGGACUCAUCACUUAGCCGCAUCCCUCCCAGUGCGAAGCGGAGGGGGAGCGGCUUCCACGCGCAAAGCGAGUAUAGCGAUCGUGGCGAUCGUAACGACUGUGGCGACUGUGACGAUCGUGACGACGGUGACCACUGCACCAGUGCGGACGAACAGAGCCGCAGCUCAAACGUGGGGAGCGAGCCGGACGACCACCUGCACAUGCUGCACAUUCACAAAAAUGAGAUAAAAUUGGUCAGUCGAAGCAGCGCGGCCACCCAGAUGUGGACCCACAAAUUCGGGGACGUCUACCCCUACAUAGAGUUCCUUCGCUGUAGGGAGGGAGUCAACGAGGAGUUUCUUCUUCACACCAGCGACUCAGAGCAUUACGUUUGCAAGUGCCUGCAGAAGAGGCACCGAGAUCUGAUUGCCAUCAUCCUGAGGUACAUGCACGCCAACUUGCAGAUCCUAAACGAUUAUAUCUUCAACAACAUCAAUGAGAGCUUCCAAAAUGAGACAGCCAGAAACGUAUUCGAGCACGUAGAUGUGAAUUCUAUUUUAGAAAACGUCAACAGAGAGCUCCUCACGAACAGGAAGCUCAAUCAGAAGUACCUGCAGAAGAUAAAGAAGCUGCGCGGCGAGAAAAAUAUGCUGGAGGAGGACCUAAAAAACACGAUUGAGGCCUUUCAGGCGCAGCUCGACACCGUGAAGCGGUUCAAAGACGAAAACGAGCUACUCAAGACGAACGAACACCUGAUGAAGGAGAUCAAGUUGCUGCAGGAUAAGUACAAAGACGUGGAUUUGUUUUUCAAGAGCAAGUACAAGCUCCUACUGAACGACAUCGAACGGUAUAAAAAGUUGCUGGACGAGAGAAAGACGAAGGCCAUCUCACAGGAGGCAGAAGCGCUACGGGCCAAACUGGAGGCCGCCGAGCAGGAAAAGAACGAGCUGCGCAGAGAGACCGUAAAGAUAAAGAGUUACUACCAGGAAGAGAAAAGGAGCAAGACGGAGCUGGAGAGUCGCCUGGAGGACCUGCGUUUGAAGAUGGAGGGUCUGAACAAGUCCCUGGAGGAAGAAAGAAGCAAAGGGAAAAGCACCUCCGGGUGCAUGAGGGAAUUAGAAGAGCUCAAAAAAAACAACUUAAUGCUCCACCAGAAAAAUCUAGCCAUAUCCGAUCAGGUGAAUCUUCUCGUCACGGAAAAAAAUAGACUCUCCAAGAUGGUUGACUCGCUCACCAAGGACAUUGAGAAGGCCAAAACGAACGGAGGUCUGCGAAGCGCGGAGAGUCAGAAGAAAGGCCCUAGGCCCCUCCCCAGUGACGCCCCCAACCAAAGCGAGGAUGACGCCCACCGGAAGCUACUGAAAGAAGUCGAAUCCCUACGGGGAGAAAACGAGCUUUUAAAAAAAAGAAUAAAAAAGUUUUCAAAAUUUAAUUCUAUGGCUUGAUUG